GCGCGCACCCCCCUGCCUAGCCGCCCGCCUGCCGCCGCCCUCGCGAGGCCGAGGCGGGAGCGACGAGGCCCAGGCGGGAGCCAGGAGCACAGUCGGCAUGGAGACGCUGCUGCUGGGUGCCGGGCUGCUGCUGGGCGCCUACGUGCUUGUCUACUACAACCUGGUGAAGGCCCCACCAUGCGGCGGCAUCGGCAGCCUGCGGGGUCGCACGGCCGUGGUCACGGGCGCCAACAGCGGCAUCGGGAAGAUGACAGCGCUGGAGCUGGCGCGCCGGGGAGCGCGCGUGGUGCUGGCCUGCCGCAGCCGGGAGCGCGGGGAGGCGGCCGUCUUCGACCUCCGCCAGGAAAGUGGGAACAAUGAGGUCAUCUUCAUGGCCUUGGACUUAGCCAGUCUGGCCUCGGUACAGGCCUUUGCCACUGCCUUCCUGAGCUCUGAGCCAAGGCUGGACAUCCUCAUCCACAAUGCAGGGAUCAGUUCCUGUGGCCGGACUCGGGAGACCUUUAACCUUCUGUUGCGAGUGAACCACGUUGGCCCUUUUCUGCUGACACACUUGUUGCUACCCCGCCUAAAAUCAUGUGCCCCCAGCCGUGUGGUGGUAGUGUCCUCAGCUGCCCACCGUCGUGGUCGUCUGGACUUCACACGUCUGGAUUGCCCGGUGGUGGGCUGGCAACAGGAGCUUCGGGCAUAUGCUGACAGCAAACUAGCCAAUGUGCUCUUUGCCCGGGAACUUGCCAACCAACUUGAGGGCACUGGUGUUACGUGCUAUGCAGCUCACCCAGGACCUGUGAACUCAGAACUCUUCCUGCGUCACCUUCCUGGAUGGCUGUGUCCUAUUUUGCGCCCACUGGCCUGGCUACUACUCCGGGCACCUCAAGGGGGUGCCCAGACACCCCUGUACUGUGCUCUGCAGGAGGGCAUUGAACCACUCAGUGGGAGAUAUUUUGCCAACUGUCGCGUGGAGGAGGUCUCCCCAGCUGCUAGAGAUGACCAGGCUGCCCACAGGCUGUGGAAAGCUACCAAGAAGCUUGCAGGACUUGGGCCUGGAGAGGAUGAUGAUGACCCUGAGGAAGAGCCUCAACCUCAGGGUCCAAGGGCCCUGUCUUCUCUGAGUGCCCCCUACCCUGAGAAAACCACAGUUUCUGGACUUUCUCAUAGCUGUCCGGGCUCACCAGACUUGUCUAAAUUGACACAGCGAAGAAUUCAGAUGAAGGCUCGGCCUUUACCUGACUAACUUUCCUAACCCCCAGGCUAGAAUGCAUUUCUAGUGCGGUGGGACCCCUCAAAGCCUCGGCUGUGUGCCUGGGCACUGAGGGGUUGCCACAUUUACCUCUGGUUACGUUUUGGGACCUCUUCUGUUCUAAACAGUACUUCUACGAUGGAUAAUAACUCCAAUCCUGCGAUGAUAUGUCAAGACACUGUGUUGCUCUGGAAUUUGAUUUUCAGAUUUCUGGGCCCUUCCCUGAAGAGAGAUCCAAGCCCUACCCCUCACCUCCUGCUCGGGAGGGCGGGCGACUUUGCCUUGAUGCACCGUUGUUGAACCCAGGAGCCCUUUGCCAAGUUUCUAGCUGGUAGUUUAUUUACCCCCAUCUUACCCGGGCAGGACUAGGAAAGGACUCGGGGCAGAGACUGGGAUUUGAGCUGCUCUAGGGCAGAUGCCCGAGGUGACGCAGCGCAAGGUGUUACUACUGAUGGGCCCCAAAGGUGCUAUGGGGACCAAGCCCCCUGGAAUAAAGCGAGUUGAUUACAGG